AUGUCUAGAACAUAUCUAGUCUUACUUUUCACCUGCCUGGUGCUUGGCUCUCUAGCAACAGAUAUCGACAUGUUCCCUGAUGAUAAUUCUUGCGAUGGCGACGACUUCAUCACCUGCGAAAACAUACCCGCAGGUAAUUGCUGCUACAGCGAUGAAGAACUCUUCCAAUCCUGCGAGGCUAAUCUGCCAUCGAAACCUAUUCAAGCCUUCGCGUUGCAGUCCGGCGACUAUUGCAAUAUACUUCUAGGCGGCAGCUAUCUGUGUUGGGGCGUCUCCGAUGAUAUAGCUCGUAUCUCGGGGUGCAAGUGGAUCGAGGAGAACACUAAGCGCAGUAGCCAUGACGCAGAUACGCAAUCGUGUGCAAACAGUGGUCGUAAGCCCAAUUACAGAGGCAGAAAGAUUGGGACAAAGAGCUACUUGAUUGACAUGGAAGGUCAGGGGUAUCAGGAAUACAUGAAUCUUACUUCUUCGGAGGAUAAGAAUGAGUUUCUCAUGAGGAAAGCUGAUAAAGUCCGAGACCAAGCGUAA